UUGUGACAUUCCUGCGGCGCGUGCGCUUCAUCGGCGUUAGUUGCCUGCACGCGGUUACUUCGCCAGUCGGCAUCAAGCGGCGCUCGCGACAGAUCCACCCACGCGCAAAUCAUCUUAUCGGCGUCCCGGUCAGCUGUUCACUAUGGCGUGCAAUCGUCCGUUGUUGUUGUAAUUAAACACCACGUGCGACAAGAUGUCCGCAUGCAGGCUGUGCGUGACUCUGUGCGGACUGCUUCUCGUGCUGUUUUGUGAUCCUGCUAGCCAGCAGUUGGUGAUCAACGUUCGCAAUCAGGGCGGUGAAGUCCUCCAGGAAAACAUUUCAGCGAACGUGAGCGACGACACGGUCGUCCUGGAAUUCCAGCGCUCCGACGGCACCCUGGUGACGCAGUUCAUCGAUUUUCGUAACGAAGUGCAAAUUCUAAAAGCACUGAUACUCGGCGAAGAAGAACGUGGUCAAAGCCAGUACCAGGUGAUGUGCUUCAUCUUUCACUUCCCGAAGGAAGCAUUCAUUUCAUCGGACGCCAUGUCCAAGCUGCGUCAGAAGAACCCCACAACAGUACGCAUCCCCGAAGAAGAUCGAGGACGUGAGAACUUCACCAUGGACUAUGCGGUUGAUCUGACACUGGCGGGGAUUAUCUCCCCGCAUAUUGCAGACCUCUGCGCGGAAGCCCCCGAGAGCAGCUACACUCGAUAUGAGGAUAUUCAAAUCUGGUCCGUCAAUCAAGGCAUACCUGAAGCAACAUACCUUCAAGUUUUAAAACGUUUCCCAACGGUGGCUGAUCCCCGUCUGGCAAACGAGGUGCAUACUGCUGAUGCACACACCAACGACAUCGACAGCUGCUCACUGGUGAAGAAGGUAUGGUCGCCAUGCCAAUGUCACCUUGAGCUCUGCAUCGGUUGGUAUCCUUGCGGUCUGAAAUACUGCAAAGGAAAGGGUGAGAGCAAGAACACGGCGAUGACGUACCGCUGCGGCAUCAAGACAUGUCGCAAGUGCCACCUGUUCUCAUACUACGUGCCCCAGAAGCAGAUUUGUCUCUGGGACGAAUGACAAAGGGCGGCGACGACGCCGAACUGGGACGAUUGAAUGACUCCAUUUCUGCGUCGAGUCUGCUUGUUGCCUUAUAGAACAAAAAUUGACAGAAUACCAGAAAACUAUUCUCUUGUAAAAAAAAAUGAAAACGAACCUCUUAAAAUAUUGGACCAACAUGCCUUAGACGUAAAGAAAUAUUUGGCGAAUACUUGGUUUGCUUUCUGUAAAAAAAUUCAAGAAUUUAAUUUUAAAUUAAUCAAAAUGAAAAGAAAAUUGUAUAUAAGCCAACAACUUCCUAGUUUCUUCAUGUAAUGACGUAUAUUUUAGAUAAAUGUACUUUAUUUUCAUUACUCAUAGUAUUUAAAUGAUAAGGGCUAUUUUAUACUACUCUUCUUCGAGAUAAGCAACAAUGUGUAAAAUGUAAAUUACUGACAGAGAUAAUUUUCUAGCAGUUUCUAGCCUGAUGUGAAUAAUACGCUCUCCAAACAACUCCAUCAGCAACUUAAAACAAUACAAGCAGUAACUAAAUGUUGUUAAUAUUAACACAAAACCAGUUUUAACGUAACAUUGUCAAAGGAUGCUUAGCGUUUAUUUAAUACACUGUAAAAAUUACAACUGAAAAAGAAAAACAAAUGAAUAUUGUAUAAUGUUUGUAAGGAAAAAUAUACGGAGAUAAUUGGUACAUUAAAAAACACAUCAACGGUAGUUACAAAUAUCCUGAAAAGAACUAGUUUAGAACAAUAGAGUAAAAAGUAGAGUAGUGCAUAGUAGAUAAUUACAAUAAUGACAAGUUGAAUUUUAUAUACUAUACGGCUUAUCGAUUUUCUUACGAAAGAAAAAUGCAGAAACCUUUAUGUGAAAAGAAAAUUUUGCGUGGGAGGAAAAUCUAGUUCGGCUUUUCGCCUGCAGAUUUCCCUGGUUGUAUCAGUAAGAGGAAAAUUCGGAAACCCCAGUACAACAACCUGUUGAUAACUGUAUUAGACAUGACGUGUUCUUAAAUGUAAUAAUCAAUGUUUAAAAUAAUGAGGAUUUGAUGGAAAAUAAAUGUCUAUGUGAUUAUUGAUUUA